GUUUUGUUUCUUUCAAACCACAGUUAAAUUUUUCAAAAAGGUAAUCUGUGCAGCACACUUUUCCCAGAGGACAGUAGAGAUGGAAGAUGGCUUGGGGAUUGUUCCUGGCUUUUUUCCAGGAAGUACUUUGCUUCAUUUGGCUGCCUUCUUGAGAGCUGAAUAAAUCCAGUAUGCAGAGACCGAAAUCAUGAAGUCUCUUCAGCGGCAGGAAUGGUGGCAUCAUGUGAAGCAGUUCAGUCAAAGGUGUUGCCACAGCUUAACUUUAGUUCCAGCAGAAUGGAGUGCUUCCCUAGUCUUCCCAGCCCUCCACCCAUCCGCAGGGCCAGCCUACCUCUCACUCUGUCCUUCAACCCGCACAGUCAUAUUGUUCCCUUGAUGCUGGACACUCCUAACAGCGAAUGCAGCUUGUCCGCUCAGGAAAAUGGCUCCAGGGAGGCCUUCACUUACAGCAUCCAGAAUCAAGGCUUGAGUUCACCAGUUUCCUGCAAUUACCCUGAACAGCUGGAGUCAGCAGGCAACCUAGAGACCACGUACUGUCAGUACAGCAGCCAGGGUGGAAUUUACCAGCUGCCCCAAUAUCCCCAGCAGCACCAGCUCUCCCAGUUCCACCAUAUGCCAGGUCACCUUGCUGGCAACGUGCUCUCCAGUGUCCGCCUCACUCCUACAACACCCACUGAGUCCCAUACAGCUUUCCUCACCUUACCUGGGAAUGGCGGAACGGUAACCUACGGGGCAGCAGGAGCCACGCAGGGCUACGUACAAAACCACACGGGGGGACAGCUCUUGUUACAGCCGCCAAGUGGAAACUCAGGCAUCACUGCCUAUCAAGCUGUCCCCUGGAAUGAUUUCUACACACAGAGUGCUCCAUUCUCGAAUCAGUUGCGCUCACGAAUGCCGCUUUCUAGCACAGCAGGAGGACAGUACUUCACAGAGCAGAUUUCCUACACUCAGCCGCCUUGCCUGCCCUCCUCUCCAUAUUUCCAAGCGCCCAGUGGAACACUGGGAUCCAUGCCACACACUGGAAAACAAAAGGGAGUGACACCACCAGACCAGAAGAGGAAGUAG